UGGGCGUCGUCGCAGAGCAGCGCUAUAUAAGGCUGUGCCCAAGAAUACCUCGCCAAAUCACAGAAGCUUAGUCCAUACAGAGACAUUACAUACACACGUACGUGUCGCUGCUUGAUACACUAACACUUACGUAGAGUAGCUCGCUUACUUUGCUCAUUGCCGCCGCCAUGGCUCUAGUGGGUCAGCCAGCCACGUUCUGCUACGACGGCUUCAUCGCUGACGGUGUGCCGGCGCUCAUGGACGCCGGCGGCGUCGGGUUCGGCUACGGGUACGAUCACCACUCCCAUCUCCUCGAGGAGGAAUGCUUGCUCGGUGGCCACGCCCACGCAUGGGAAUUGCCGACCGGCAAUCUUGGCGCCGAGGCGCCGGGCAGCGUCAACGCGUUCGGGGGCCACGACCUCGGCUGGACCAGCCCAGCCGGCCGCAUGUCCUCCUCCUCUUCGGUGCUCACCUUCGACAGCCCGGGAGAGGACAACUGCGCCGCUGCCGCGUGGAUGGACGCCGCGGACCAGCUGAGCUACAGCCCGUCAACGGCAACCGCGCCGGCGGGAAGCUUCAGCUUCGAGGGCUGCGGCGGCAACGGCCGCACGGCGGCAUCCCCUUCGCACAAGCGGCCUCGAGCGCGCGCGCAGGCACAGCAGGGCUCGGAGCAAGAAAGCACCACUCUUCCCAAGAAACAGUGCGGCGGCGACAGGAAAUCGGCAACCAAGCCCACCAAAACGUCCGCGGCCACCAGUUCGGCCAAGGACACUCAGAGCGAUGCAGCCAAGACUCGUCGUGAGCGGAUCGGGGAGCGGCUGAGAGUUCUGCAGGAGCUGGUGCCCAACGGCAGCAAGGUGGACAUGGUCACCAUGCUCGACAAGGCCAUCACUUACGUCAAGUUCAUGCAGCUCCAGCUUACGGUGCUCGAGACGGACGCAUUCUGGCCUGCUCAGGGCGGCGAGGCGCCGGAGAUCUCCCAGGUGAAGGCGGCACUCGACGCCAUCAUCCUCUCGUCGUCGCAGCAGCCUCGUCAGUGGAGCUAACAGCGAGCCGAUACAUCACCACUACAUACAUUCUCCCAGAAUUCAGAGAGUUACUCUCUGCUCUAUCCUCUUUCUAUGUUGCUGU